UCUCCAAGCGAGUUCUUUGCUCUCAUUUACACAGAAAGAUGCAGUAGUUUCUAUGUAAAACAACACAAAAAUGUGAAGCAUAGAGUUUUGAAGAUAAGAUGAAGAAAAAUACAAAAAUAUGAUGAAGAUAUUUUCACAUAAAACAUUUUUAUUGUAUGGAUACAGGACAAUAAAAAAUUAAUGGAUCCAAAUAACGAUAAAGUUUAGAGGAUUCUAGUUAUAAAUACAAAUCAAAUGAAAAUACAGAUCUAAAGGGAUAAUCAAAACAAUAUAUUGCGCUACCAUGAACACAGAUGAAGAUGAGCUACGUCUACAUGAUGGGGCAUACAGAGGUGACCUUGAAACAGUGGGGCAGAUGCUGGAGAAAAAAGUUGACCCAAAUUGUGUAGAUGAGUUGAAAAACACCCCUCUACACAUGGCAUGUUCAGAAGGCCAUAUCAAAGUUGUGAGAGCUUUAAUUGCAGAAAAGGCAAAACUAAACCCACAGAAUAAGAAUGGCCAGACCCCCCUACAACUAGCAGCCUAUCAUGGUCACCAUAAGAUUGUCAUGUGUCUUCUUGAUGCCGACUGUAAGAUUGAUGAACAAACUGGGUUCAGUGCAUUCACUGCCCUCCACUUUGCCGUAAAGAGCAGUCAGGAGACUUGUGUCAGAGCCUUGCUAGAACGUGGGGCUAACACAGAUAUAGCCGAUCUGAUCAAGAAAAUACCUGAAUACUAUGCCAAAACAGACCCAAUCAAGGCACUAUUCGCAAAGUACUCAAAGAACAAAGACAGCAAACAAGACAAAGAGAAUAAAAAACCUGUAGAACAUACUGAUGAUGCCACAAUCGCUACAAAAGAAGGGAAUAAAAGAUCGAAACAAGAUAAAUCUAAAAAUGAGGACAAUAAGAAUGCAAAGGAAGAUGAUAGCAAAAGGUCAAAGACUGAUGAAAAAUCAAAUAAAUCUAAAGAGAGUGAAAAGACUAAAUCAAAAGAGGAGAAUAAAAAAUCAAACACAAAAGAAAGUAAUAAAAAGGAAAAUGAUACUGACAAUAAGAAUGAUGAUUCAAAGGCUAAAAGUAAAGAAAACAAAACAAAAAAUAAUGAUGAAAAUACAAAACAAAAUGAUAAGAAUAAAGCAAAGUCAACAGAUAAGGCCGAUGAAGAAAAGAAAGGCAAGAAUUCACAAAAAGAUAAAAAGGACAUUGACUCUGACAAAGGAGAAAAUGAAAGUGAUAAAAACAAAACAAAGUCCAAAGAUAAGGCUGGUGAAGAAAAUAAUGACAAGAAAUCACAAAAAGAUAAAAAUGACACUAAAUCUGAUGAUGCAGAUAAGAAAAACAGUAAAAGCAAAGAGGAAAAACCCAAAGAAGACAAUAAAGAAGAAAACAAUCAAAAAUCAAAUGAUGAAAACAAUAAGAAAGGAAAACAGAAUGAAACAAAUGAAAGUGUGCAAGACAAAUCAUCAAAGGAGAAAAAUGAGUCACAUGAUAACAAAGACAAUCCCAAAAAAGAUAAAAGGGUGAAAUUCAGUGAAGAAGUUGAGGAGAAAUCAAAAAAAGAAAAUGAGAAAGAGAAACCUCCUAACAAACCAAAAAAAAAUGAGCCAAAUAACCCAAAACCUGUAAAAGAGAAUAACCCAAAACCUGUAAAAGAGAAUAACCCAAAAGCUGUAAAAGAAACUAACCCAAAAGCUGUAAAAGAAAAUAAUCCAAAAACUGCUAAAGAGAAUAACCUAAAAACUGUUAAAGAGAAAAAUAACCCUAAAGCAAAAGAAGAUCUUAAAAAGAAAGCACCAGUCAAACAAGCUCCUCCAGAACCGCAACCAUCACCAAGACGGAGACGUGAAAAACCAAUGACAGAAGAAGAGAGAAAAAAAUUUGAAUUCAUGAAGCGUAAAACAAAUGUUAGUAAAUUAACUGAUAAACAAUUUGAAUAUUCUGAUGAAUUUAGAGAGAAAAUGAAGAAACCUUUAUAUGAAAGACUCAUGGGAGGUGGUGGGUCAAAAAGGAAGUAGCUAGAUGCUUUAGUUUGUCAAAAUAUUUCAUGUUCUACAGCAAUUUAAAACUUUUUAUAGUGUUGUAGUUUUUAAUAAAUUAAUUACAUUUCUAUAAUUAUAAUGUUGUUGAUUAUUUUAUGAUGACGUUUCAUUUCAAAAUCAUUUUGGCUAAUAUGACACCAUGACAAGGCUUAGACCAAUCCUAAAAUAUCUUCAGCGAGAAAUGAAUUGAAACAUUUUCAAAGAGUGCAUAUGCCAACGUUUUACACAGGAAAUUUUGUUGUUUGAUAAUAGUUGAAUG